CGGCCACGCUUCAGUUUACCACUACCACUGUCCGGAGUCGGAAGUUGUGUGCCCCAAAAAAAGUCAAAAGCAAAGAAAAGAAUUUAGAAAAAGCGAAAUAGCUGAAUCGAAAUAGCAAGUUUUGUAUGAAAUCGGAAUAUAAUAACGAGAACACAACGAGAAUAUACAUCUUUUAAUUAACACUUCUGUUCUGUUAAACCGUCUGGAUCGUUUCGCUAUUCCAUUCCCUUUAGCCUGUCGUCGUCGUCGUCGUCAUUCCAACAAAAACCAAAAACCAAAACGAGCAACACCAUUUAUUCGAAUCAGACCAAAAUCAAUAAAAUUUAGUUGUGUGGUUUUCGCGGCUUUUUGUGUUAUUCUUUUAAACAAAAACAAUCAAUACCCGAAGAAUGGGCACAGAAACCAAGAGCAACAGUUACACAGGACAGAUUUCAACAAGUGGCGGCAACCCCAAAGUGAUGAAAGAUUCUUUAUCUUUAGUUCGUCAAACGGUCAAGCAACAGCAAUCGAACCAAAUCGAAAUCAAUUUGAACUUGAAUUCGAAUUCGAACUCCAACUCGAACGCCAACUCGAAUACGACGAACCCCCCGAACGCCAAUUCCAACUCCAAUUCGAAUUCGAAUUCGAACUCUACUACUACUACGAUACGAUCAAAGCAGGAGGAUAAUACAACAACAACAACAACCACUACUACUACAACAACAACAACAACAGCUAAAGAUUCGAUUGUACCAUUUGUUCCCAUAUUUGUUGAGGAAGCCGAUGUUAUACAAGGUGCUAAGGAUAUAUUGAAAGUUAUUCGACCGAAUUGGGACCUCAAUCACGUUGAUUUUAAGAAAUUCACUGAUGGCAUAACAAAUAAGCUGGUCGGAUGCUUUCACAAUAGUAGUUCGAAUACCAAACUGAACAAUGAUAAUAAUGACGAAUCCUAUCUGUCCAAGCGAAUAUUGCCAGUGGAAUCGGAGGAUCCCGUUAUACUGCAAAACGAUCACCAUGAAGAUGACUUUACAACAAAGGCAACCAAAACCAAAUCAACAACAACAGAAGCAGAAACAGAAACAACAGAUCGUGAUGUUGGGGAGGAUGAGGAGAGCGAAACAGUUAGAGAUGAUCAUCGUUUACCUGUACAAUACUCCGAUAACGUAGUCCUGGUGCGUGUGUACGGCAAUAAGACGGACCUAUUGAUCGAUCGGAAGGCUGAAACACAAAAUUUUCUAUUGCUGCACACAUAUGGAUUGGCGCCAUCGCUGUAUGCGACCUUUAAGAAUGGCCUCGUUUACGAAUACGUACCUGGUAGCACCUUAAAUAUCGAGAGUGUGCUCUGCCCAGACAUUUGGCCAUUGGUGGCACGUCGCAUGGCCCAAAUGCAUCGUGUGGUAAGAAAGCUCAACGAUGUGUCGAUCGAUGCCGAUGCGGAUGUGGAUGCGAAACCAUUGCCAAUGAUUUGGACAAAGACGCAAAGCUUUCUUGAUUUAGUACCUGAACGAUUUAGUGAUGCUGAGAAACACAAAAGAGUGAAAGGAACAUUUUUGCCAAUUAGCCGACUACGUGAGGAGUUCAAUACAUUGUACAAAUACCUGGAGGCUCUACAGAGUCCCAUCGUAUUCUCCCACAACGAUCUGCUAUUGGGCAAUGUGGUAUACACGAAGUGCAUGAAUGCCGUCAAUUUCAUUGACUACGAAUAUGCCGAUUACAAUUUCCAAGCCUUUGAUAUUGGCAAUCAUUUUGCGGAAAUGUGCGGUGUCGAUGAGGUCGAUUACACUCGCUAUCCGAAGCGUGAAUUUCAAUUGAAAUGGCUGCGUGUUUACCUCGAGAACUAUCUGCAGCGGACCAACAUCCAAAACGAUGAAGUCGAGCUCCUCUAUGUCCAAGUGAAUCAAUUCGCAUUGGCUGCCCACAUCUUCUGGACGGUGUGGUCGCUUCUGCAAGCCGAGCAUUCCACUAUUGACUUUGAUUACGUUGGCUAUGCAUUUCUUCGUUACAAUGAAUAUUUGGCUCGCAAGGAUGAGUUUUUAUCACUGACUGCAGCAAAGAACAAUAAAUGAUUUUAUCCCAGACCCAGAGAUGCAACAUGGUUGGAAACGAUCAACAACACAAUUAUGUGACCCAGUGAUGUACUUAUUACUAUAUAUGUAUAUAUAUGCAUAUGUAUGUGUGUCCGACUAUGGCAAUGGCUUCAGAUGAUGAUGAUGUGAUGAUGAUGUUGAUACAAUAUACAACAUAGUACUUAUAUAUGCUAACUAACACAUCAUCGAUAUCUAUAUAGCUAGUGUAUAGAUAUGUAUGUGUGUGUGUGUGCGUCGUGUGUGUUCACAAACAAACAAAAA